AUGCUUAUCCUAUUAAUUGGUGAUUUGUAUAUUCCGUCGCGUGCAUUAGACAUUCCUUUGAAAUUGAAAAAGCUGUUGGUUCCAGGGAAGAUUGCACAAAUCUUAUGCACAGGAAAUCUCGUAGACCAUACAACCAUAGAUUUUCUUCAGACAGUCGCACCUAAUGUUCAUUUUGUUCGAGGCGAUUUUGAUGAUUCAGGACGAACAUGGCCUGUAUCACGAGUAAUGACUAUAGAAACUUUUCGAAUUGGGUUAAUUCAUGGACAUUCAAUAGUACCAAGACAAGACAGUGAUGCGUUACAUAUAGUUGCACGACAGUUGGAUGUAGAUGUACUUGUAUGGGGAGGGACACAUCGUUUUGAAGCAUAUGAAUGGGACGGCAAGUUAUUUAUAAAUCCAGGCAGUGCAACAGGUGCAUUACAUACAGGAUGGGGCGAUGAACCUGUUAUUCCGACGUUUGUUUUGCUAAAUCUUCAACCUACGGUCAUUGUUCUUUACGUUUACCGACUUGUUGAUGAUGAUAUUAAAGUCGAAAAGCUACAAUAUCCUCGAACUGAGGCAAAAUUUUGA